CUCUGAACUUUCAACAUGGGCUCGUUCUGAGGACAAGAUGUCCGAUUGCCUUCUUGCGAGUUCCCUCUGCCGUCUUCCCCUUGGCCCUCAGUUUCCCGAGGAAUCAUGAUCAAGCACUUCAUGAAGGAAUUCCGGCAGGACGUGCCGAAAGUGCCAGUAGUGAAACCGCUGCAGCUUGAUAGCGCCUAUUCUUCGAACACAGAACCGUCGUCGAUCUACGACAACAAUCACUACCACGAGGAGUGCCUUCGAUGCAACACAUGUGGGAUCAACCUGACCGGGAUCAACCAAAAGCGGGCGCGAAGAUUCAAGAACCAGAUUUUCUGCGAUCUCCACUUCGCGGAUGUAGCCCUACUGGAGAGCUCGGAUUUCAUGCAACAGCUGCGAAGCUUCAAGCCUCAAAGCCUGGGCUGUGCUGUGGCCCGACGAAAAAGCUCCACCACCCUCAUAUUCCCUCUCCCUCCGCAGGCUUGCUCAGACGAAGUUUGCGAUCAAUACCCCCACAAGCUGAUUCCGACUCCGGGUUACUGGAUUGAAUGCUCUCGGCCACACGACAGAGACGACGGAUCUUGGAAAUCUGGUCACGGGUCUCUAAGGGAGGAGGAGGAGUCCCCGGACGGUGGCACUCCUUGCUCCAUGCCUUCCGGUCAUCCCUCCCAGGGAUCCGAUGGGAGCCCCGUCUCUGAACUCCCCAAUCGGCAUUCCAUUCAGGUUGGUUCAGAUUCCCCGAUCGUGAAAGACGCGCCAAAUACUCACAAAACGCCGAUCCAAGAGCAGUACGAGAAGCUGGGGACGUUCGAGCUAACGUCGAUUGAGCAAGAAGUCUACGAGAAAUACUUCUACGGCACGGAGCACUGGAAUUAUUUCUCGAAUGACGAGGAUCUGGGACCUGUGAUUCUUAGCCUAAAGCAGGAGACCAUCAACAAUCGAGACCAGUUCAGGAUAAUGGUGCGAGCGGUGAGUUACACGGUGCACGGUCUGGUACCUGCGUCGUGUGUCAUGGCUGAUCGGUACAACCGGGAAGAGGUGGUUCGAUCCCUGGGAAAAGAGGUGAACCUCCAUCCUCCCCUCUUCCUAGGACAGCUGCCCAACACUCCAGAAGAGCUGCUCAAACUCGAUCAGGUCUGUCCUAUUGCUCUCCUAUCUCCAUUCGAGGAGAUUACCUGGGUAUUCAUGAAAUCGGAGCUGAAAGUCGGUGUGGUUUAUGUGAAGGAGGGUCAAUAUACCGAAGAGGAGAUCCUGGAUAAUAACGAGCACUCCCCGCUUUUCGAGGAAUUCCUCUCCGUCACCGGCGAGAAAGUCCGACUCAAAGGUUUCGACAAGUACAAAGGAGGAUUGGACACGGUGCACGACCUCACGGGGACUCAUUCCGUCUACACUCAUUGGAGAGGAAUCGAAAUCAUGUUCCACGUCUCUACCCUUCUCCCUUACGAGCAACAUGAUCCUCAAAAGGUGUCGGUGGUAUCAAGGGACGAGGUGGGAGCCUAUAAACCCUACCUUCUCCACCAGUCCAUCUUCAGCAAGGGACCCAUGUUUCGUGAAUGGCUCCUCACGAAAAUCGUGAACGGGGAACGGGCUUCGUAUUCCGCACCGAAAUUCGCCCGGAUGCAGGAACGGACUCGAUCGCAAAUGCUCGAGGAUAUCGUCCAAAAUCUUCAGAAUCACGCCGAGACUGGGCAAAUGCCCAAACCUUACAGGAGAGGGUCGUGGCGUCCAAUCGGGCACAUGAGGCCGUCGAGUCCCCUAUUGGAUUCCGUCCGGGAUCUCUUCGAGGGACACGAUCAGCUGGCCAAAGACUUCGUCAAGUUCUUCCUCAACGAGGAGAGUCCGACGGGGGAGAAGCAACUACAUCUCUUCGACGUCACCUUUCUCGUCGGGUCUGGGAAAGAGAAGACGAAGCUGUACGGGGUCCGUGCCCUCCUCGGCGUUCGUAGCAGGGUGUUCCAGGAGAUGCUGUAUGGGUUCAGCACGGGAUUCGGUAGUCCUCAAGUGUCGGUGGCGGAUCUGCUGGCCAGACCAGCCCCGGCCCUCCAUUCCCCCUCGGCCUCCUCGUCGAAACCCAGCAAGAGCUCCAACUUCCUUCAAGUCCCUGACAUCGAGGCCACUAGCCGGCCCAAGAGCGUGCCAAAUAGCCCGAUGGUGAUAAGGGCCUUUUCCCGGCUUGGCAAUUUGACGUCGGGCUGGGGCAGAAGCAAAAAGCAGGAAAAUACCCUACACGUCGACGACAAGAAAAAAUGGGCUUCUUCCACCGACUGCUCAAAAGACGUGGAUCGUGGAGAUAUGACGGGGAAGAAAGGGGAGAAGGGGGUGCCGGAGCUCUCAGUCCCUCGUCUCUCCGUCUGUGCCGACGCUCAGAAAGUGGAUAAGAGCAAACUCACCCAAACCGAGAACCCAAUGGAGGAUUAUAUUUUUCCUGACCAGUUCCCGAUCAUCGAGUUCGAGGCAGAUGCGUUCAGAUUGUUGCUCAAUUACUUGCACACUGGGAGCUGUCCGUUGAAGUGCACAAAUAUCCCCGGCCUCAUCUGCGCUGCGGAACACUUUGACCUGCCCGAACUCCUUCAGGCCUGCUUUCAUCAUGCCAAGCAGUUCCUCCGUGUUGAAGUCAUCUUCAACCACCCUGACUUCCUUCAACUGUCGGAGUCCAUGGUGCAGAUGAUCAUGUGCCGAAACCUGGAGGUGCCCGAGGUGAAGAAAUUCGAAGCGAUGUUGGCCUGGGCAAAACAUCGGGUGCGGAGUAAAUCUCAGUCGGGAUUCUCGUCGUCGACGAAGACGGAUUCCAGGGUGGAAUUCCGAUCCAUCAUGGAGAGGCUAACUCGGGAUCUCAAGUUGUAUCGCAUCUCUCCUCAUGAACUAAUCAAGGUGGUGUUGCCGAGCAAGGCGAUUAAGAACGAGAGGAUACUAGAGACGCUCAUGUACCAAGCCAAUUCGGGGAUGUAUCGGAUCCAAGAUGAUUACCUUCAGGCCUGCACCCUUCGACUUCAAAAACAAGAUUCACGGUUCUCCGAAUGGGACUCGUUCGACUACGGAUUCUGAAUGAGUCUCAGUCGCCCGUCUAGCCAGAUAUUUUUGCACUGAGAAAAUUCUUUAUCACGUGUGAUGAUGGGGGGG